CACACAAUCCUCCCUGGCAGGGGAAAACCCCUGAGGCUGCCUACUUAAGAGUGUCACACUCUGACUGCAAGGCACAUUACAGCCACAGCAGCUGACACAGACCUGCAGAGAAAGCACACCGACUGCGGAACCAUGGCGAGCAGCAAAAUGUGUCUCCUGGCAGCUCUGUGCUCCCUCGUCAUCCUCAGCAGCUUCAUCAGCAGCACGCAGUCAGCGAGCUGCUGCCUGAGGUACGCCAAGCGUCCCUUGUCAUGCAGACGCCUGCUGGGCUACAGCAUCCAGACCAUCAACAGCUCCUGCGACCUCAGCGCCAUCAUCUUCCACCUUCCAGGGAGGUUUGUGUGUGCCCACCCAUCGGCCAGCUGGACCCGCAGAGUGGUGGAGUGUUUGGAUGAAAAGAGGAGGAGGAAGGCUGAGAUCAUCAAAGAGGAAACCCGAGUCGACACCACAUCAGCAUAAACUCCAUACGACAGCGAAUUUCUGCAGCACAGCGAUUUUCAUUCAUUCCUGAACCCAAGAACCCAACUUACCAGUGAAAAAUGUGUCAUGACACUUCAGCUCCUACACUUAAACCUUUUCAAAGUGCUGCAACAGGAAGCAUCGUGUUGUUUUUGUACCAUUUCUUUCUUAUAUUUGAUCUGUUUUAUAAACAGGGAGGUGCAGUAUUCUUAAUACAUAAUGAACUGUAGGAUGCAGCCACAGCCACAAAAUAACACAAGAAAAAAUCGUAUUGCAAGAUUUUUUGUACUUGUGUCGAUGUUUAACCCAGAGAGUAUUGUGUGAGAACUUUUGAUUGUGAUCAUAUUAAAAAAGAGAAGAUUAAAAACA